CCGCGCUGCUUCCAGCUGCACAGAGCCAGGCAGGCAGCGGGAGAGAUUCGGGCGGGCGGCGAGCGACGGCGCCAUGGAGAUGGAAGGAGCAGAUGGGGCUGCAGUCCCCCCCAGCUUGGCCGAUUGCUCCCAUCGAAGCAGCAUCUCUUCCAUGUGUGCCCGAUCGCUGGAUGUCCUGGUAUAUCUGAUUGAUGAUACUGCGGUGCAGCUGAGUGUGGACAAUCUGAUGUCUGUCACUGUUCAUGAGCUACAUCGCAUCGUCCGGGAAGCCCUGCAGCUUCCUGAGUGUGCCAUGGAAGUCUUCGCUCUGUGGCUCAUCUCUCCCUUGCUUGAGGUGCAGCUGAAGCCGAAGCACCAGCCAUACAAGCUGUGCCGCCAGUGGCAGGAGCUGCUCUUGCGUUUCACUGAUUGCCAGGAGGAUGAGAUCAUGCAGGAUGAGCCUUCCCUGCAGUUCAGAAGGAACGUGUUUUUCCCGAAAAGAAGGGAGCUGCAGAUUGAAAACGAGGCUGUCCUGCGGCUGCUCUACGAAGAGGCCAAGUUCAACAUCCUGGAGGGACGCUACCCGUGUGACGUGGAGGACUGCGAGCAGCUGGGGGCCCUGGUCUGCAGGCUGCAGCUGGGGCCCUACGACCAGGAUCAGCAUACGGCCUGUGCCUUGAAGGAGAAGCUGGAGGCCUUCCUGCCCGCUCACCUGUGCCGGCGGGGGCACAGCCUGCUGACGGCGCUCUGGAAGCGGGGGGCCAAGCAGCCGGCCUACGAGCAGGGGCUGCUCCAGGCCUACCAAGCAGUGCGGGAGGAGGCAGCCUGCGAGGAGCCUGAGGCUCUGCGCCAGCACUACCAGGCCUAUCUGCAGAGGUGCCACCAGCUGCCAUACUAUGGUUGUGCUUUCUUCUAUGGGGAGAUAGACAAGCCAGCCCAGGGCUUCCUGCACCGGGGAGGACGCAAGGCAGUGUCGGUCGCCAUCAGCCUGGAGGGUGUGUACGUCAUGGAUAGCAAGGAGAAGCACGUCUUGCUGGGCCUGCGGUUCCAGGAACUCUCCUGGGACCACACGUACCCCGAUGAGGAGGAGGAGCACAUCCUCUGGCUGGAGUUCGAUGGGGAAAACGAAGGGACCCUGGUCAACAAGCUGCUGAAGGUUUACUCCAAGCAGGCAGAGCUGAUGAGUGGCCUUAUCGAGUACUGCCUGGAGCUGAACGCAGCAGCGGAGGCAUCGGCCCUGGAGAACAGCACCCUCCAGAGCCCCACACUGCCACCUCUGGCCAGCAAGCAGCGCCCCAAGCUGAGACGGCAGAACAGCGUGGUCUGCAGCCGGAUCCAGCACCUCGCCACUAUAGACUACAUUGAGGAUGGUAAAGAGAUCAAGCGUGUGAAACCCAAGCGGACGGCCUCCUUCUUCACCCGCCAGUUCUCUCAUGGCCCUACCUCCUACUCAGCUGUGCAGGCUCCAGCGGAGAGCCUGGAACAGGGCUGAGUGCCGUCUUCGCCGGUGCACAGGGAGCAAUGGACCGAUCCAUCUUGGGGCAUGCCCUGUGCCCAGCACGCGGGCUCUCCUCUGAGCUAGGAUGCCUAGGUGCCUCUCUAAGUUAUUCUGUGUUAAUUUAUACCAGUGGGAUCCCAGCUUGCUGCAUCGAAAGUCCUGUCUGUUCUCUCUUCUGCAGCCAUUCCAGCCUGAGCCCUCGGGUGCCUGGGCUCCUCUGGUUAUGUUGCUUUGAGUGUUCACUGCAGCUGGGCAGUGACACCCCCUCCCUCCCUCCCCUGGGUGGUGGAAGCCUCCCGGUGUGGUUCUACUGUAUCCGUGCUGGCAUGCCGCCGUUGAUUUCAGUUGGCACCGAUGUACAUGAGGGAAAGAGCAGCCAUGCCACCUCGCUGAGCCAGUAUUGCUCUGAGAUCAUCUUGCCCACCCCUCCGCGCUCCUAGGCCUCUGAGAGCUGCCCUGAUGGAGAGCGCGCUCUGCAUCGUUCCUGCCCCAGAGCUCUGAGUCUCUCCUCCGGGGUGAAGUGUCCCGUCAGCACAGGCUUCACGGAGUGCAGGGCCAGAACCUGCCUGCAUCUGCCCAGCAGUUCAGCACGUCAGGGUCCUGCAGCACCUCGCUUGUCCUGAGUGGGGAACUCUCCUGUCUCUGAAUGUCGCCUCCCCUUGAGGGGAGGGAUUUGUCCGGUCUCCUGCGCAGGGCGGGAAGGGCUGCGCAGCGUUGGUUCAUUCCACAUCUGAUAGAAUGUUGAGGUGUCUUGGCCAUAUCCCCUGGUGGGUCGUUCCAUUUUCAAACCUGUGUGGGAGUCGGAUGGGGAAGGGGGAUAGUGAUUCUGACAUAACCCCGCCUGCGUUUCUGGGUGAACUGAUUGCGUAGCAGCUUUAAGACCUUUUGCAAUUCAGCUCGGGGAGUCUGAUUUCAAAGCUGGCCUCGCCUCUGGUCCAUGGCUAAUUCAGUCCAGGAGAGGUAAUCACGAAGUGUUCAGUGAAGUGAAGCGGGGAAGAUUGCUUUGCUGCUGAUGCUUCACUGAGAAACGGGCCUCCUGGGCCUAUCAGCUCAGGACAUCUCACCGGCCCUAAAAAUCCCUUCUUGGCUUCUGCAUCUACUUCCUGCCCCAGGAACUUAGCCUGCUUUUUGGAGGAGUUUGUAUGUAUCGCCCUUUCUGUUGAUGGGAUAUUUUUCUCGAUGGCUGGACAAGUGAGUUGCUGGUGCAGGAAAUGGGUGACUCCCCCACAUGAAGCCUUGUUCAGCUGUGAAGGAGACACACUGGGGUAUUAACACAAAGGCUCAGUAAUUGACUGCAGCAGGUUUCCUCACUGGAUGUACAGCUGUUGGAAGGAACAGGCUCCUUGCCUUUCUGAGGCUGCUGGUUGGUCUAUUUCAAGUUGGGUGUGGUGACAUAUGCCGGGUUCCAAACAGCUUUGCCUUUCCAUUCAGUUCAGAGAGGCUGUUUUGAACAACUCAGCCUGUGUCUGUGGUUUGGACUUGAGCCAAAGGGGUUUAGAUACACCAGCCCUGUUAACUUUAACAAGAGCUGUGCAUCUAAAUCUCUUGCUUCAUUUUUGAAAAUCUUAGCCUUAAAACCCCAGCACUGCAUACUUUCCUGUAGGUGCUUUAUUUCCCUAAUGGGGAAGAGCUCUAGUGGGUGCUUAUUAAAUGACUGUGUUGCUUGUUAACCUCCCUCCCCCUUUUUAAAUCUGCACUGUGCAAUCUAAGGUAGGUAGAGACCUCCUUUUAUUAUGGGAAAAAAACUUUUAGGGUGGGAUAUUUAAAGGGACAGAGGGGAUUUAGUCUCUGAACUCCUGUUGAAUUUCACUGGGAAUUGGGUGCUGAUUGGAAACCCUAGCCUUGCUUACUGCAGUGCUGCUUGGAGAGUGGGAAGCAAGCUGAGAGUAUGAAAGUGGAAUAAGUCAAUUUCCCCAUCUAGACAACCCCUUGGUGGCUGGCAGUGGCUUUGUGUGCGUGGGCAAUCUGGGGGAGGAGGGACAUCACCCAGGGGUAUUGAGAAUCUUAAGCUACACAGACCUGCCAGCUACACACCUCAGCUGCACAAGCACAGCACAUGCUGCUGGGCUCCCCAGUCUCCAUCAUGCACGUCACCUUGGAAAUCUCGCUCCUACGGCAGCGAGGGUUUUCCAGGGAUUGUACCACAACAGUUCGCUUGUUGCCUGCUCAGCACAUCGCACCAGGGAAUCAGAUGUUCCUGCUCGUGGACUGAGCCUGGGUGGCAGUUCAUUCCCCUGCGUUGCCUAGAGAGGGUAAACGGCCAUGAGCUACAGAUCUAAACUGCUUAUCCUGUGUUAGCUGCACUUGUGCCAAAAAAGCUUUGCCUUCUUCCCCCGGGGGUUGGCAGCUGAGCCCAUGGUGCGGUCGGGGUGAGGCUGGCAUUUUGAGCUCAGUGUCUUAGAUUUCCAAAGGGUUUCAGGCAGCAACUCCCAUUGAUUCCCCUGCACUCCUUUGGGAAAAACACUAGUCCCCAUCUGUUGGCUUUGAGCACUUGUCGAUGCCAAUCCAGCAUCCAAACUGAUCAGCAAUCAGACUGCUUUUGGAGGGGGGGAUUGUCAGUGCCUAAGGGGUUGAAGUGUUCAUCUCAGGUUUCCCUUGGGAAUUUCCAGGUGGUCUUGUCCUCAGUUCCUUUGGGCCCUCCUGGCAUUGCAGUGUCGCUAAGCGCUGAUGUUGCUGAUCCAGUGGCAGCAGGAGUGGGAGGCGUAGGCAGACUUUCCUCUGGGGCAGAGUUUGUUCACAGAUCGUAAGGUAGAAAGAUGGAGUUUUUCUGUGUGUUACCAAGUGGCUUGGCUGGUUUCAGAACCUGUUUGACAGCAAAAGUGUAAGGUUGGGGGGAGAUCCAGUUUGGGGAAGGGAAAAAAUUAGGCUCCAAUUAUUUUUAGGGUUGGCUGGAAAAGCUGCAGCACUUAGAAGCAGGCCAGCUGCUUUGCCAGGGCUGGCUGCAUUUGCACCCAAAUGGCAUGCAAAGCUUUGGCUCUUGUCAGGGACUGCCUGCAUGUUGGGAGGGCUGGACUGGUGCUGACGGAGGCGUUGAUGCAGCAGGCUUUUCGAUACGGCACGAUGGACGCACCAGUGGGUUAGCUGGGCCCAACUAACAACUUGUCUAACUUCCCUCUGGCUUUAUAGCAUGUGCAGUCCCAUGAUUAGUGUAUUUCUGGAGCGUGUGCCAUUGCCUUAGUGUGAGGUCAGUCAAUGACUCUAGGGGUUCUCCAGCUAGGGCUUGGAUCCAAGUGUUGGGCUCUGUCCUUCUCAUCUCUGUGGGAAAGGUGGUCUGCUAUGGGGACUUCAUAAAUGAUUUCGCUCCAGCCUUAGGUUCAUCUGGGUCCUGGUCUGAUUUCUAGCUCUGCCAGCCAGUGCUCUGGCUCCAGCCGUUCUCCCAGUAUGAUGGCACUGCCCCUUCUGCUUCCAAGCCAUGUUUGUGAUCAGCUCUGUUUUUCCCCAGUGUUGUUCUGACCCAGUUAGCAUCUUGCGCUCACUUUGCACUAACAGGCGCCAGAGCACAAAGGUGCAGGACAGCGGUGAAUCUCGUUCCAAGUGCUGAAUGGAGCGGAGGUGGGGGUUGCUAGUGAUUUGAAUAAAAAUAAAAAAUGGUGCAAAAAAAUACAGGGCAUGAUCCUGUUUCAAACUGGGGGUGGGGCUUAGAACUUUCCCUGGGGUACCUAGCAAUUUCUCACUGUACUGCAGAGUCAACAUGUUAAUGUGAGCAUUGAAGUGGUACACCACAGAAAGUGUACCAAUUUCAUAGGGGUAAAAGAAAAGCAUGCUGGUUAGAGGUGAUAGCCACGUUCUCUGGGCAGAACUCUGAUACCCAUAUGCAAAGGCUGGGCUCUGUCUUGUGCUAUGGGACUGAAGCACAAGGCUUUGUGAGACAGACAUGAAUUCUUGCAGAUUUGGAGUGGAGCACAGGGGGGAUAGUUUUUCUCCUGCAGUGUCUGAGGUCUGGGAAGUGGAUGCAGGACGGAGCUGGGUGUGCAGAAGGAGACGUGGAGGAACUGCUGCAGCUGUGAAUGAGCCACAGGUCAGCUAAACACGAGGGCUCUGGAUUUCAGUAGUGAGUUUGGGGGAAGUCCAACCUGAGACUCCUCCAAUGGGACUGGAUUUUCAAAGGGCAGGUGCUCAGCAAUUCCUGCAAAUCAGGCCCCUUUUAAGGGUAGCCAAAAGUUGAAGCACCCAAAAUCCUUAUUCACUGUUGAAAACUCUUGGCUGAGGAUCAUUCAUGUUAAACCUGAGACACCCAGUGUCUGAACCCUGAAUACUCUGAGCUGUUAUGUCAGUAGAAGGCACCUUGAAGCAUCUUGUCUCUUUAAUGCCGCAAAAGCCUUCAAAGCAGACAAAAUGCCUACGUUCUGCAUCUGAUACGAGGUUCACUGCAGUGCCAAGUGGGUGUGAAACACUGCUGGGUCCUUGCAUGCACUCGGGUAAAAUUGCUACAUGAGGCUGAUGGAACCAGGCCCAAAGUAUUCAGGGUUCCAGUCCCCCUCUGCGAUUGGAUUCCAGCUGAGUUGGCGCUUUGGCCAGUGCCUGUUUUGUGAUCAGCUUUGGGGACUGCCAUGGGGGCUGUUUAAAAACGCUGAGCUUGGCCUUCAUUCUGCACUUCCCGUUCAGCUUGUGGUUAGCAGGUUGGGAGGGGCCACGGGAGAAAAUAGUUUGCCUCUUAGCCAUUUGCAACUGCUAGUGCUUGCAUAACUGGAUUCCUCCUUUUACUAGGUCAUAUGUCACAUCCUUCUGAAAAUGAUCCCACAGUUCUUGUUGCAAACAAUAGGAAGACUUUUUAAAAGCCCCUGGGUGAUUUUGGAGCACAAAUCACUCAGAAUUGCCUGAUACUUGUGCUCCUAAACACCAGGCCAUGCGUCAAAAUUCCCCCCUUAAUGAUUAAAAUUGGGCAAAAUGUUUUUGGGGUUUUUUGUUUUUUUGUUUUGUUUUUUUUUUAACCCGUUUUAUAUUUUUCUCUCUUAAGGGCAGUUAGUUAUAAGUCAGUUUCACACUGAGGUUUUCAUACUCUAGCACAAUGGCUGCAAUGUUUUGGGUUUGCAAGAUUUUUUUUUUUUUUUUUAAAUAAUGUAAACACUGCUGUUGGUUUGAGGUUUGGCUAAAAACGCAGGAGGGGGUGUUUUUUAACUACACUUGGGCAACCUCUGGACCCACUUCCUCUCAUUUUUGGAAGGCAAAGGGCUACUGUUUUGGUUCACAGAUGCAAAUAAUGACCUCUAGUACUUUACAGAUGAUCAUCUGGUGUGUCUUCCUCCUCCCCUUCCCCCGGUAUAUUUCACAACAGCUGCAAGAAGACAGCUUUGUACUCUGACGCACUUGUCCAGAUCUUCACUGAAGCUGUGCUGUUUACAGCACCUGGAAUCACUGUGUUGAUUUAGACCAGCUGAUGUUCUGGCCCAUUAUCAACAUAAAACUCCAUAUUAUUAACAUAGGUUUUAAAAAACCUACAACACUAACUAGUUGCCACAUGGAGAAUUUGGAAGAGCCACUAUGUUUUUCACAAUUGAUCCUGUGUCUCACUUUUGCAUUUACCAUUAAAGUUAAACUGGUCGGUUUCCCUUUUGGGCAUCAGUUCACUUUCUCCUUCUGAUGCAGUUGUACUGUAUUUGAGUCUCUGAAUGCCAUUUAAAUCCAAAUAACUUUGUCACUGACUUGUUUUAUUUAAAAAUUCCAAAAAAUGUCUAUUCACGCCAGGCUCUGUAAACCUUCCCCUUUGUUUUGUAUAGAGUGAAUUUUGGGUUCUGUGCAUAAGUGUUCCUUUCAUUCCAGCCUUCUUCUAUGUUUAAUUCUAGAAGUCUGUGGAGUGAGAUACAUAUUUUUCAUUCUUGGCAAGAUUACGUCAUGUUUUUCUGGUGCCAUGAUGCCUUUCGAGAUAAAAUUGCCAACAUGUGUCUUAAACCACAAUCAGUACAGCUGGGUCUAAGAUCAGUAUAUGCCCAGCACUUUGUAAAUGUGUCUUUAAACGCAGUGCCAUGGAAGGAAAUUGACUGAAAUGUAUUCUCUCUGGUAGCCAGUAAGCAAAUCAUUCUAAUGUUACCUGGAGGAGUUGUCCUUUCCAGGCUGAAUUCUGCCCUCAGAGAUCCGAGUUUGUAAUGGAGAAUCAAGCCAAUAAUCAUUAUACACAUCUGUCUGAACUGUAUCAUUCUGUUUUGAGCUCAUUGUAUCUUGUAUCUGGAAGUGUUAAUUCGUGUGUGUGUGUGUGUGUGUGUUUGAAUUCCCCUGAACUGGAAAUAUGUCAUACCUAUCUAUGAUAUGCAACACAAAAUGGCCUUCUCUUUUUACUGAUUUCUGUGUGGAUUUCAUUUUUACAAAAAAAAAUUGUGUACAUACUAAUAUUUUUCUUUUGUAUGCUACAGAUCACUCUUAUAAUAAAGAGGUUGUUUUCAACAAAUAAGGUGCUAAUUUGAGAUCU